AUGCUACCCUGGUAUCGUGACCGAGAUAACCUAAAUAUAGGUGGUGUCAACAGAUACACUAUAACCUACACCCGUCGAGAUCCCUCACAAACACAAGUGUACCUUCGUUUGAAAAAUAUAGAGAGAUCUAGUAUACGAGCAAUUAAUUUGUUGCAAGGACCAUUCAUACUUUAUUGCCAUGUAAUUCCCUAUAAUUACGACCCACACAGACAGUUUACACCGGAUGAUGCGGAUACAAACACUGAGGUCUUGUUUGACAACCAAAUCAAACCAAAUCAAUCAUUCAAUGCAACUUUACUCUUGAAUGACAACUCGCGAGUUUCGUCUUCUGAAGAAGGAGAUGUAUUCCAAUGGGAAAUUGAUAUCAUAUCACAGAUUGUUGUAUCUACAAAGUCUACUAUCUUGUUUGAUCUUAUGAUUGGUGAUGAUCUAGCAUUGAUGAAGCGACUAGUGCGUAGUAAAAUCAGCCAAACUUUGGAUAAUUUGAGUUCUCCACUUAGUCCACCACUUGAAGAAGAAAUUGAAGAAUUCAAUAAGGAAAAGAUUAACCAUAAGAUAUAUAAUCCCCAAUUGAAGGUUGAAAAGUUGACUGCGGAUGAUAUCUGGGAUAACGAACCAAAAGACCCUCUGAAACCAGUUCACUUAGUAAUAGUUACUCAUGGGUUGUUUUCCAAUCUCACGGCAGAUAUGCUCUAUUUGAAAGAUACCCUAGAAGCCAAAGUGCAAGAAAAUAUCUUGGUACGAGGGUACAGAUACAAUGCCGGACGUACAGAACGUGGUGUAAAAAGGUUAGGCAGCAAUGUUGCCACAUAUAUAAUCUCACUAAUUGAAACUACACCGUAUAAAAUCGACAAAAUAUCAUUCAUUGCUCAUUCAUUAGGAGGCCUUGUGCAAUUAUAUGCUAUUAAAUACAUUCUUAUCCAUAAAGGUGCUGACUAUUUUGAAAAAAUUCAUAUUCAACCACAAAAUCUAAUUGCGUUAGCAAGUCCGUUAUUGGGGAUUCUAAAUGAAGUCAGCUUCUUAAUAUCCUGGGUGCUAGAUAUAGGAACGCUUGGAAAGACGGGUCGUGAUUUGGCAUUGCUGAAAAGAAUACCUACAUUUGGUGAUUUAUACAUGAAUGAGGCCAAAAGGAAAACAUUCAAGCCAAUAUUGGAAACAUUACCUGAUGAUCCAUUGCAAAUAUUCUUGAGUAAGUUCAAAUCGUUGACUGUGUAUGCUAAUGCAAUUAAUGAUGGAAUUGUUCCGUUAAGAACUUCAGCAUUGUUGUACUUAGAUUAUGAAGCAUUGGGCGAUGUUUCGGAAUUAAAGAAAACAAAACAUAUAGGUGAACACCCUGAAUUGGAAGACCCCGAGAAUCCAAUUGAAACUAAUUUAACAAGACAAAGUGUUCUGGAAGUACCUGAAUAUGAUAUAGCUGAUGAAGAGAAAAGUGCCCGAGAACAGAUGCAAAGCAAAAAGGAAGCAGAGAUAUGGCAGCUUGCCAAACAGCCUAUAGUUGCAGCCCAAGAAUUGUAUCAACAGUUAUUGAGAGUGAGUUCAAAUGAAAGCAAGCUAACUAAGCGCGAGCAAAAGUAUUUGAAAUUCUCUGCGAAAGGAACUGAUUAUAAUUUGUUUGAAAAUGUUCUCCCUGAUACCCUGCCAGUUGAUUCUUCGGGUAAUUCAUUGGGCGAUGAAGAAACAACAGUUGUGUCGAGUGAAAAUGGUUUACCCGAGAAAGCAAUUGUUGUUCCUCCAAAAGCAUCUGCCAUUGCGUCAGCAAUAAGUGCAUUGAUUUGUCCUGUACCUACGACAAACUUUAUAAUUAAUCCCCAGCUGCGUCACCAUGUAAUUUUCCAUGACAAAUACUAUCAUUUUAACGAUAUUCCAAAACAAGAAUCAAAUUCAUCAACCAAGCAAUCAUUUAAUGAUUUCUUCAGGUAUCAUGGUAAAUGGAAACGAAGAAAACAAGUGAUUAUCGCCAACAAAUACCAUGCCGAAAAUUUGAAUUGGAGGAAAGUAUUAGUGAAUCUUCCUCCUGAUGCUCAUACAAAUAUUAUAGUAAGACGAAGAUUUGCCAAUGGGUAUGGAUGGGGGGUUAUUGAUCACUUAUGCGAGACCUUGUUUGAUCGUGAUCACAACACUAUGAAGGCCAAGAUAUAA